UCGAGACAAGUCCAUGAAAUAUUGAUUGGGGAAUUCAGUGGUUGGUAGGAAAGCGCCAUGAAUAAAUUGGCAUAAACAAGUGUAGAGCUCCACAUUUGUUCAAUUAGGACGAAAUAGGAAGAUCUGUCCUUUCUAGUGCGCUUUCAUCAUCGGGCUAUCUCCUUCCACUAGACGCUAAAAGAUACAUAUUUUGUGACAGUUGGACAAAUAGGAAUCGCGCACGCGUGAGGCUAGCUUGUGGCCUAGUGGGAGUAUAUCAAGUAUAAUCCGUUAUUUUGGGAUUGCAUCUUAUUUCUUUAAUGUUGACAACUGCAUCAGUACCGUCGACGGUCCAACAUAGCAAUGAGCCGCCUCGCGGUACCGGCAUCUAUCGAUAUAAACAGAUCAUUGAACAGAUGGAUGGUAUAGGGCAAACGGCUGCCGCGUCCAGUAUGAGCGAUCCAAUCGUGAUCAACGUCUCUGGGAAAAGGUUCGAAACUUACGAAGAAACUUUAGCACGAUUUCCUGAUACGCUUCUCGGAUGCCCGUCGCGAAGAGCCAAGUUCUACAACUCCAAGAAAGGGGAGUACUUUUUCGACAGGCAUCGGUCGGCGUUCGACGCAGUUCUAUACUACUAUCAAGCCGGUGGAACUUUAAUCCGCCCUGAACACGUACCACCGCAUGUGUUUAUAAACGAAGCCAUUUUCUACGAUCUGCCGGAGGAAGCUUUGAAUACGGUGCAACAAGAAGCUGGCAUAGUCGAUGAGCCGGGGGAAAAAAUCCUUCCCAAAAAUUUUUAUUGUCGAGUUAUAUGGCAAACUUUGGAAUUUCCUGAAUAUUCUUGUUUCGCAAAAUUCCUUGCGAUUUUCUCCGUGGUCAUCAUCGUGCUUUCAUUGAUUAUAUUCUGCGUGGAGACCCUGCCUGAAUUUUCUCCCGAGCCUCCGAAAAAACCCGAGAAUGCAACGGCUGACUGGCUACCUCCUCCAGGUCCGUAUGACGAGACAUGGUUUAUGCUAAACACGUUUGUUAUCAUUUGGUUCACCGGGGAAUAUCUACUUCGACUGCUCGUCUCUCCCGACAAAAUACAAUUCCUUGUCUCUUCGCUUAACAUUAUCGACCUUCUUUCCGUAUUGCCCUACUAUGUCCAACUAGCUCUCGAUAAGAAUGGAAACUCGUCAAUCUCAGUUCUACGAGUUGUGAGGGUUGUAAGAGUGUUUCGUGUCUUCAAGUUGUCCCGCCACUCACGAGGGCUACAGAUUCUCGGAAACACUCUAAAAGCAAGUUUAAACGAACUUCUUAUGCUUAUGUUUUUCUUGGGAAUCGGAGUAAUGAUAUUUGGAAGCUGUGUUUACUACGCUGAAGGAGGUUUAGACAGUGAUUUCCAAAGCAUUCCCCACUCUUUCUGGUGGGCUGUUGUCACUAUGACAACAGUUGGAUAUGGAGAUAUAUCGCCCAAAUCUUUAUGGGGAAAACUUGUCGGAGCACUGUGUGCCAUUUCUGGCGUCUUAACAAUUGCACUGCCGGUUCCUGUAAUCGUCUCCAACUUUGAAAAUUUCUACAACAAGGAAGUGAACAGACGUAAGGAAGAGCAGCUCCGAAAAGACGAAGAAGAGCGACAACGACAACAAGAAAAAAGGAACAAGGAGAAAAAGAUGGAAGAAAUGGGGGUAUCCAAGAGUUCACGCGGGAUACUCGUUUGUGGAGUGAAUGGCUGUGAUGAGCCGCCGAACCCUACUAUAGCACAAACGACAGUUUAAUGAAUGAUUAAUAUGGCGUUCGUUCGUUGUAGUUUUUCUUAAAUUUUGAUGAUAUGAAGUUUUCACUUCAAUGUUUGUAUUCCUUGGAACUUUGUUUCUCGAUCCAAUUUUGGAAAAUAUUUUAUAUAUAGACAAGGAUUAUAUCGAAGAGAGGGAUGGAAUUCGAAUGAAACGCUGACGCUGACAGCGUCAACCGCGACCAGCUCUUAUAUAUCGAAGUUCUAUCCUUUAUAAGCCUUAUUUCGCGUGAAAGAGCCUAUCGUCCAUUCCUGAUGGAAAUUUUGAAAGAGCGAAGAAUUCUGAACAGCACCAUGCAAAAAUGUAGAUCUUAUUUGAAGUACAAUUUCUAUUACCGAUAUGAAUAUAUUUGCAAUUUAAAGCCUUCUGAUACAAGGGCUUUUUAACUCACCAAAGAGUAAUUCAAAUCCGAAAAGUCCUUAAGAUCGUACCAGCGAAUUACACACAAACUGGCUCCAAAACUGGCAGAAUUUUGAGAUGAUCACAAUAUUGCACAAAGCAAUUCCCAGGGAUGCUUAUGGAAUUGAUAAACAUACAGAGACACUGAGUUGUUUCACUAUCAAACUACCUAGGAAAACCAGCACAGCACCAAUAAAAAGGCAAACUUUUUAAACCUUAAUAGGAAUGUUGAAAUAAUUUUACGAGUUGCGCUGUCGAAAGAGAAUCUCCACCAACUACGAGAUGUAAAACAAAAUGCAUGGAAAAUUUUGAAUAUCUACACAGCAGAAACUUCACAAUAUAUUAGAUAAAUGAAUCGAAGAAAAUGCACAGAACACGAAAGAGAAACCAGAAGAAAUACUUACAAAUCAUCCACAAGCUAUCCAAGGAAAUUCCAAUCUUGGGACGAACGAUUUACCGAAAACGCGCCUUUUUCGGUCGCAGGCGCGUGCAAGAACACUUCAAUGGCUUCCUUGCUGUCAAUCAACAGCAAAUUUUAAUUUUCCUUGAUGAAAGACUCAAAUUCCCUCCGAAAAGCUGCUUUUAACCAAGGAGAAUAUGGUCGUCGAAUGGUAGGAGAAAUUAAAGGAAUGUAUAAUGCAUUGGAAGAUUAAUUAUAUAAGAAGUGUCUCGAAGUCCAAACAAUUCAGUAUUUAUAUAUAUAAAUAUAUAUAUAUGACUUCGGUAUUUGUAUUAAAUAUUAGUUGGAAAAUUUCAAGAAAACCACCCCGAAAAACUAAUUCCAAUGUGGCAAAAUUGUAAAGAUGACACAUCAAUAUGCAAUACAAAAUACACAAUUUCAAGCAAAUUUAGGCCGCGUGACACGUGCCGUGACAGCCUCGUCCACGUGCGUGACAAAAAACAAUUCCAGUUUCAAAAUAUUUGUGUAUAUUCGUUUUUUAUUCCAUUCGCACCUUUUUGUGCUAUUUUAUCUGAUAUAGAAAUUUCAUUUUAUAGUUCUUUCUCUAAUCCUAAAGGCUAAUUUUCUAAGACCGACUAUCUUAGCCGAAUCCGAUUGAAUUAACCAACAGCGGGCCAGGAAAUCUAUAUAUGUCAUCAUGUGCGAAGUCAUCAGGUUAAAAAUAUACAAGCUGAGAGCGAAUGGUAUUCUGGGUAGUGAUAGAAUUCUCCUCUGGGCCCGGUUGUACGAAAGGUGGAUAGCGCUAUGCAAUAUUAUCCAGUUAAUAAAUUUAUUGGAUUAACCGCAUUGACUUAACCACUGGAUAAGGAUUUUUCCAUAGCCCACUUCCG